CCAGAUCUUAUCGCCCUUUUGCACUGAAAAUACAUAAAAAACACAAAGCGGAAGGAAUUGCACACCAUCUCCAUCGCCUCCCCCAAUUACUGGGUGCCCCGCACUUCUGUUUCUCAUCCCAUUCAUUCAUUUUCAUAUAUUGAUCCGUGUCUGUAUUUCUCCCCAUCUCAAGUAUACAUAAAAGGUCUGUGCUUUUCUGCGAACAAGUUCCGAUGUAUGCAAGGAAACUUAAGUACAAAAGCCAAUGGAAUCGUGUGGUUCAGCGUGGCAAAUAUUUUUCUAGCUCUAGCUCUCGAGAUUAUUCCACUGGACAAUAUCUGAGCACUGCGACAAGAGCCAGUAGCUUGGUCCAGGAAUAUGUGUCAAAUUAUUCUUUAUUAUCAGGGCCCACAUCCAAGAGAUGCUAUAGAAGAUCAAGUUCAAGGCCAGAUGUUUGCUGUAUAAGUUCGUCACUAAGAUUUUAUAGUUCCGAAGGCGAUGGAAGGAAUGCCAGUGAGGAUAAGCGUGUUCCUAACAAAGAUGUGGUGGAUUGUGAAAAGGAAAAGAUUACCAAGGAAAAUACUACAGACAGUUCCAGACAUUGUGAUGCACAUGCUUGCCUUGGGGAGCAUGAUCAAAGGGAGUGGCUUAAAAAUGAAAAAAUUUCCAUGGAUAAUAAAAAGAAGGAUUCCCCAUUUCUAACUCGACGAGAAAGAUUUAGAAACGAGUUCCUGCGAAGGAUUACUCCAUGGGAAAAGAUAACAGUCUCGUGGGAUAAUUUCCCUUACUAUAUCCAUGAAAACACUAAAAACCUUCUAUUGGAAUGCACAGCCUCCCAUCUGAAACAUAAGAAAUUGACUACAGACUAUGGAGGCCGUUUGGCUUCUGCUAGUGGGAGAAUUCUGAUUCGGAGCAUUCCGGGUACGGAGCUGUACCGGGAAAGAUUGGUCAGAGCACUUGCUCGGGAUUUACAAGUACCAGUAUUGGUCCUUGAUAGCAGCAUUUUAGCUCCAUAUGAUUUAAAUGAAGAUGAAUGUGAGUCGGAAGAGGAGAACUCUGAAGGUAUGUCAGAGUCUGAGAUUGAAGAUGAAAAUGAUGCAAGCAAUGAUGAGGAUUAUACCAGCAGCGAUGAGGGCAGAACUGAUGGAAGUGGUGAUGAAGUUGAUAUUAAUGUCUCAGCUGAAGAUAUAAGAAAGCUUAUUCCGUGCAAUAUUGAAGAAUUUGAGAAGAGUGUUUCUGGAGAAUCUGAAAGCUCCUCAGCAUCUUCAAACCCAGAAACUACAGAAACAUCUAAUGUGGCCAGUCAGAAACUAAAGAAAGGGGAUCGAGUGAAGUACAUUGGACCAUCCAUUUGCAUUGAAGCAAAUAAUAGGGUUUUAUUGGGGAAGAUACCAACACCGGAUGGUCCAACAAAUGCUUAUACUAUUAUUCGUGGCAGGACUUUGUCUAGCGGUCAACGUGGAGAGGUUUAUGAAGUGAAUGAAGACCAAGUAGCCGUUGUAUUUGAUAUUAGUUGCAAGAGUACAGAGGAAGUAAACGAAGUAAAAAGUGCUGAAGCUACUGCAAAACCUUCAGUUUGUUGGCUCAAUGUGAAGGAUAUCGAACAUGAUCUUAAUGCUCAAACACAUGACAGCUAUACUGCGAUGGAGGUGCUUUAUGAGAUUUUGGAGACACAACAGCCACUCGUGGUCUACUUUCCAGAUUCUUCUUUGUGGCUAUCAAGGGCAGUCUCAAAGUCGGAUCGCAAAGAGUUUGUUAGUAAGAUGCAAGAGAUGUUUGACAAAUUAUCAGGUCCUCUGGUCUUGAUUUGUGGACAAAACAAAAUAGAAGCAGAAUCAAACUCAAAAGAGAAGGACAAAUUUACAAUGGUACUUCCAAACUUGGGCCGUCUUGCUAAGUUGCCUCUUUUGAAGAGACUUGCAGAGGGCUUAAAACCUUCUAAACGGUCUGGAGACGAUGAAUUAUAUAAGCUAUUCACUAAUGUGAUGUGCUUAGAUCUGCCGAAGGAGGAAGAUCUCUUGAAGAUAUUCAACAAACAGAUUGAGGAAGACAAGAGAAUUAUAAUAUCACGAAACAACUUAAGCGAAUUGCACAAGGUUCUCGAGGAACAUGAAUUAUCAUGCAUGGACUUGUUACAUCUAAACACUGAUGGUGUUGUACUGUCAAGACAGAAAGCAGAGAAGGUGGUUGGCUGGGCCAGAAGUCAUUACCUAUCCUCAUGUGUCCUUCCUUCAGUCAAGGGGGAUCGGUUGCAGGUUCCUCGAGAGAGUCUUGAACUUGCAAUUUUGAGGUUAAUGGAGCAGGAAACAGCUUCAAAGAAACCGUCCCAAAAUUUGAAGAAUCUUGCGAAGGAUGAGUAUGAGAACAACUUCGUUUCAGCAGUGGUUCCUCCAGGGGAGAUUGGUGUGAAAUUUGAUGAUGUGGGUGCACUUGAAGACGUGAAGAAGGCACUAAAUGAACUUGUGAUCCUGCCAAUGCGGAGACCUGAGCUUUUCACCCGUGGAAAUUUGCUGCGGCCUUGCAAAGGGAUAUUACUUUUUGGCCCUCCUGGAACUGGAAAAACCCUGUUGGCGAAGGCACUUGCAACAGAAGCGGGUGCAAAUUUCAUUAGUAUUACUGGCUCAACACUUACAUCCAAGUGGUUUGGUGAUGCUGAAAAACUUACUCGUUCACUUUUUUCCUUUGCCAGCAAGCUGGCUCCUGUUAUAAUUUUUGUCGAUGAGGUUGACAGCUUACUUGGUGCUCGUGGUGGUGCUAAUGAGCAUGAGGCAACUAGAAGAAUGAGAAAUGAAUUUAUGGCAGCGUGGGAUGGCUUGAGGUCAAAAGACAGCCAGCGAAUCCUUGUGCUUGGUGCUACAAAUAGGCCAUUCGACCUUGAUGAUGCUGUCAUUCGUCGUUUACCAAGAAGGAUCUACAUCGACCUGCCAGAUGCUGAUAAUCGUCAUAAAAUACUCAAGAUAAUUCUAGCUCGAGAAAAUCUCGAAACUGGGUUUCCCUUGGAACAACUUGCAAAUUCUACCGAAGGUUAUUCUGGGAGCGACCUGAAGAACCUCUGUAUUGCUGCAGCAUACAGACCUGUCCAAGAGUUGCUAGAAGAAGAAAGCAAGGGUGCCAAAUUUGAUGGAGUGCCACUUUUAAGACCACUGAAGUUGGAUGAUUUUACUCAAGCUAAAACUAAGGUGGGACCAUCUGUUUCCUUCGAUGCAGCCAGUAUGAACGAGUUGAGAAAAUGGAACGAACAAUAUGGCGAAGGCGGAAGCAGGAAAAAGUCACCAUUUGGUUUUUGAUACUACCAUCAACUGGUACCUGGACAACCCAUUUUUUCCCCUGUAGAAGUUAGAAGAUGCAAAAAGUGUCAUCUUUAAGUUAAAAAUAGCCUUUUCCCCCUCAGAGAGAGAGGUUACAGAAGUUGAUUACAUAACAUUAGGUGGUAGAUCUCAUAGUAGACAUGGAGGCGGUAAGGGGAACACAGGCUAAUUUUGUCGUUGUAUCUUUACCAAAUUUUAACUUAGUAAUCUUCUCUUUUUCACAUUAUAAAGGAUUAGAGUUAAUGAAUUCUUCAUCCUUCAGUUGAUUA